AAUGUGUUCGUGAAAAUAUAAAUAAAAAAAACAAAGAGGUUUUUAAAUUUCUAUAUUUUUUAAUUUAUGCUAAGCAUAUUACGUAGAGAAAUUUGCACCAUACAUAAAAACUUUAUUUAAUGUCAUAUGAACUCUUAAAGAAGGUUCUCAAUAAUCUUGUCAUCAUUCGAAAGUGAAAAUAUUUGUUAUGUUUAUUUCGUGUACAUACAAAAAAUCACUUGGUUAGAACAGACAAAAACAUUGAAUAAACUGUAUAAAAAUUUACAUACGCUCAAAUGGCUAAGGAUAUUGGAUCGAAUUUUGCAAAAUAUACACUUUGCUUCUUCAAUUUCUUUUUCUUCCUUUUUGGAUCAAUCACUUUAGCAUUAGGAUUAUGGAUGCUGUUUGACAAAAAAUCUCUUGUUACACUUUUAAGAAGUGUCGAUGAAGAAAACGUUACGCGAUUCACGGAGCCUCAACUUAUUGAACAGAGUGUGUACAUUUUCAUUGGUAUUGGUGGCUUAAUGUUCGUUUUAGGGUUUCUUGGCUAUUGUGGAGCAAUGAGAGAAUCACAAUGUUUAUUAUCUUUGUACGGCGUUCUGAUUAUAGUGCUUUUGGUGCUCGAGAUUAUCAUAUUCAGUUUGGCUUUACUAUACAAGGAAGUUGCAAGAGAUGAAAUUCAAAAUUUUCUCACCAAUACAAUCCCUGAAUACAAAUCAAGUGCAAAAGAAAACGAUGCUGUUACUCUAAUGUGGAACCAACUAAUGGCGCAGAUGGGAUGUUGUGGUGUUAAUAGUUACAACGAUUUUGAUAAGUCGCAAUAUUGGAUGACCAACAAAGUUUCAAGAGUUGUACCAGAAGCAUGUUGUAUUCUUUCUGAUAAAGUUUUAAUCAAGCCGCAAGAUCUUAACUGUCCUUAUGAGCCAUCGGAAAGCAACAGCUUUUAUAUGAAAGGAUGUUUCGAUGAAAUUUUGGCGUAUUCCGAAACUAAUAAGUAUUUGAUUAUUGGAGUGUGCGGUGGUCUCAUUUUGACAAAAUUAAUUGCAGCCUUUUUGGCCUUCUGUAUUUGUUAGUUGUAAUCAUAUCACCGUUCAAGUAAUAAAUAAUAUUUAAUUGUUUGUAUCAAUAAAUGCCUAUUAAAUUCCUAGUUGUUGACAAACUUCUUAGUUUGAAAACAGAAAUAAGUUUCAC